GAAAAAAAAAAAUCAAAACAUUGUGCUAGAACCCACUGUAGUUUAUUUUGGUUAAAGCAGUUACCUUGAUUAACUACACUAAAAUGAGUGACACUCAGGAUGGACGCUAUGGUAAACUGGGGUCAUGCUCCCCAUCUAAAUCAGAUCAUGGGAGUCCAGCUCGGGUCAAUGCGGAGAACAGAUCUGGCUCUCCGAGCCCAUCUUGGGCAUCAAAACGUGAGUCCAGAUCCCACUCUCGCUCCAAGUCUAGGUCUCACUCCAGGCGGUACUCAAGCCGCCGCCAUAGCCGUUCACGUUCAGGGUCCGGUUCCCACAGGAGCUAAUCCCGUUCUCAAUCACACAGCUCUGAAUACCGUCGCAGGAGGAGCCAGAGCACAUCGCCUAUAUCAGACCAACAACGUCUCACUGGCAGCGUGAGCCAUAACUUCACAAAAGAGGCAUACAGUCAUGGCCACGGUGCUGAUGUGAACCCAGAUCCGAGCACAUGCUUGGGGGUGUUCGGUUUGAGCCUGUACACAACAGAGCGUGACCUGAAGGAAGUGUUUUCACACUACGGUCCUCUGGCCAGGGUCAAUGUGGUGUACGACCAGCACACGUGUCGCUCCCGUGGAUUUGCCUUUAUUUACUUUGAGAGGCUUGAUGAUUCCAAAGAGGCAAUGGAACAGCUGGAUGGGAGACGCAUCAAAGUGGAUUAUUCCAUCACCAAACGUUCCCAUACCCCGACACCCGGAAUCUACAUGGGUCAACCAACUUAUAAUGGUGGUGGGACUGGCAGCAGCAGGAGGGGGAGAGACUCUUAACAUCACCGUUGCUAUGACUGAUAUGAUGAGUAUGGCUACAGGUACAGGCGCCCUCCGUCACCUUACUACAGUCGAUACAGGUCUCGCUCGCGGUCUCCCUCUUACAGCCCACGAAGAUACUAAUUUGCUUCUCUCACGGCUUCAGUCAUCGAUUUAAGAUUCUUCGAGGUGAUUCAGUGGGAAUAAUAUGAAUGGGCAUGCCUUUUU